GAGUCUCUGGUGACACCUGGCCCAGGUGUGGGGAGCGUCACGUGGUCCCCCGCCUCCCUGCCCAGCAGCUUCCGCCUCCUCCCAGCGCUGCUCAGGCCGGUCAGUCGGGAAAUGCCCGGGCCGCUGGCGGCUCGCUGAGCGACCCCCAGGGGCUGCAGCGCCGAGCCCGGACCGUUACUGCCCCCGCGCCGUUAUGAGUAAGCUCGGCAAGCUGUUCAAGGGCGGCGGCCCCGGGCGCGCGGGCCCCACGCCCCAGGAGGCCUUAGCCCGGCUGCGGGAGACCGAGGAGAUGCUCACCAAGAAGCAGGAGUAUCUGGAGACCAGGAUCCAGAGGGAGCUGGCCGCGGCCAAGCAGCACGGCACCAGGAACAAGCGAGCUGCAUUGCAAGCCCUGAAGAGAAAAAAGAGGUAUGAGAAACAGUUGAGCCAAAUUGAUGGGACGCUCUCCACCAUUGAGUUCCAGCGGGAAGCGUUGGAAAAUUCCCACACCAACACAGAAGUGUUCAAGAAUAUGGGCUAUGCUGCACAAGCAAUGAAAAAAGUGCAUGAAAAUAUGGACCUAGACAAAAUUGAUUCUCUGAUGGACGAUAUCACUGAACAGCAAGCAGUUGCCCAGGAGAUCUCAGAAGCUAUUUCAAACCGAGUUGGGUUUGGUGAUGAGUUUGAUGAGGAUGAGUUGAUGGCGGAACUGGAGGAAUUGGAGCAAGAAGAACUGAAUAAGAAAAUGACGGAUGUCAGAUUGCCAAGUGUCCCAUCCACAUCGCUGCCUUCCCGCCCUGCAUCCUCCAGGAAGAAAGUGGAAGAUGAAGAUGAUAUGAAGCAGCUGGCGGCUUGGGCUUCGUAACAUCAGACUGCAGUGUUUAAAACAACAGGUUUCUUACAACACAGAUGUAAAGAGUUGCAAUAACGUUUUGUAUGCUUAACAAGUCAGACCCAAUUUGAUCACUUGUUUUACUUUUGGUAGGACCAAAUGAUCUUAAAAAAUAAUAAUAAUUACUUAACUUCAAUACUAUUUUUAAAUGUUUUGUUUUUUUAAAAGAGAUUUUCAGGACUUGGCCAAUCUUUUAUCAUUUUUACAGUGAAAAAUUCAGAUGGAAUUUUUUAUUAAAAAAUAGCUUUUACUGGGUGGAGCCUUACUACAGAGUAUUUUUGUGAGAGACUAAGGCCCUAUGUACACACGUGACCAAAUUCACUGCUGGAGUGAAUGUUUGAAAUGUAGUAACUUCAUAAAGGCUUACAAGCAGUAGUCAGUUUGGUUCAGAGUAUUUGAAAGCUACCAUAAGCUGCUCUGAGCACAUGGACCUAAUGGGGCUGCAUAUGGGUACAGAGAUCACCCACCCAGAGCAUCUUGCAGUAUCAGGGUGCCAAAUUGUAAGCUCCUUGGGGCAGAAUCUUCUAUGGAAGGCUUUGGGAUUUUCUGUGUUGUCUGUGUGUCUC